AUGAGCCUCAUGCUCCCAAGGAAACAAACCCCGGCUUUACCCUUAUACUACCAAGUAGCUAUGGACUCCCCACGCAACAUCCACCAUGCAAAGAUCAAGCAGCUAGGGGAACCAAAGAAAAAGCCUCCCCAAGAUUACUUAGCUACACCCACAUGCCUAGAGUACCUACAUACGUAUAUAGGUGUGAAUUCAUUCGCUGCCCUUGGAGAAAAAGGGAACGGAAAAAAAGAAAAGGAUCUGCACUUUUUAAAGGCCACCGUUUAUAAAAACUACCCCUUCAUCCCCAUCUCAACCAUCUCUUCUCCGGUAAUCAAAAAGAAAAAAAAAAUCGACCACAAUAUCGUCAUGAACAUCCCUCAAGAAAUCAUCGAUCAGAUAGUAUCGUACCUCCCCGACCAGGUCAGCUAUGUGAGGGCGGCGUUGGUCAAUAAGGCCUGGAAUUACGCUGCAACCUCAAUGCUGUACCGCCAUAUCGGCAUGGAGUUCAUGCCCCGAAAUUCUAACUAUGAGGAUAUGGAGCACCGGGGGAUGUACAAUGUUUGUUUGGCACUGGCAAAGAACCCUUAUACCAGUUCAGUGGUCCAAUCACUUCUAUUGUACUUCCACCAGCCCCAAACCAACACGACACAACAGCAGGAAUGGGAACCUUCAUUAGCACAAGUUCGGUCACUUUUGAAAGAAGUCAUUGACCGCAACGGGCUUCCUCGGGUCAGAAAACUGUCACUUUUGUACCCUGAUGUGCAAAUCGCCCAUAUCCUUCUGAAAGGACUGUUGCCGCAAAUACACAGCUUGCAAGUCGUCUCACCAGUCUUUAAAUACUUGUAUUUUGAGUCCGAGGAGCCAACAGUGAUCAGCAACCUCCAGGAGUUAGAUUUCCAGUUUACUCAGGACAUCUCUCGACGGGGGGGAGGUUUUCUGUUUUCCAGUGAGCAACUAGCACUUAACCAAGAGUGGAAAAUGAUGGAAGACAAAAUGCAUGACCGAGUCAACGGUUUUUUGUCUCGAUGCCCAUCGCUCCAAGUUUUGAAAAUAACCGGAACGAAAGAGCUUCACACAUUACUUCAAUCAGCCCAUUUUCCAUCGCUGAAAACCCUUGAAAUUGGCCAAGUUUUCAGUCAUCAGGUCGACUUUGCGGUAAUCUGCCUGAAUUCAUUCCUUGAACGCCAUCCAACCAUCACACGGUUGGCAGUCAAUAGAUUGCCUGAUGGCUCUUCACAUCCCUUUAUCCUCCCGAAGGAAUCAGCCCUCAAUAUCCGGGAGUUCAUAUCCUGCAUCGAGGAGAUUCCAUCAGAUUAUCUCGGUUUUAUCAGACAAUUCCAACAGCUAGAGACAUUCAGACUCGAGCACCAUAUGAUAGUAGGAUCAAUCUCACACAGAGAGAUUCUUGAAUUGCUGCCCGAGCUGCAACACCACAAGCAGGGAAUAAAGAACUUGACACUGCCAAUGCCAACACACAUAUCGGGCUGGACGCUAACAGACGCGAAGCGGGCACUGGCAAGAUCUUCACUAACACAGUUUGGCAUAGUAUUCGCGCGAAGCGUCCCGGCAGUUGAGAAGUUUGGAAUCAGUCAGAUUGGGCGGUUUGAUAUGGAAGCAUCGGAAUGGGCACAGGCACUUUCUUUCCACAACUCCCUUCGACACUUUGCCAUCAAAACGUCGUUCCUACCUACCAUAUCUGUUCACGAACCGGCGAGCUACAGACAAGGUCUCAUCAACGACAUAGCGCGAUCCUUCUCCGCGGUACCAAAACUUGAGACCGUGGUAUUCUUUGAAUCCCUAAAUCAACAGGCGGUCAAAGUCACAAUCCAGAGACUCGAUCACGAUGUCGUGGAAGGUAUCGAGGAACUGAUAAGUGUCGAAGAUGUGAAUGAGGAGUUUUUUGACGAAUUCUUCGACUCAGGAUGGAAGGGAAAGGUUGAGGGGGGAAAUAAGCAAUUAUUUUUGGUUAUCUACAUGUGGCUAUGUACUCAUGCGUAUGUUGUUGUCGUGCUUGUCUGUGCUGUAUCUGACCAUACCGUCAUGUUCAAACCAGCCCCUAGUAUUAGAAAUAUGUUAGGCCUAGGCCGGGCGGUCAUUUUAUGGGAUCUUCUCAUGCUUAUGCACGUAACCACUCUAGUUACCGCUUCACGACCUAUCACUCGUGGAGCUAGUGAAAGCGAAUGGAAUCUGGAAAUGAUAACCGAAUCUUAUCUUUCUGUACCCACGUGGCUAACACGCUAUUCCGUAUUGCCAAGCUGA